UCGUUCAGAACAACGAGUGAUUUCUGUCACGUGCCUUAUCUCAGGGUCGGUGAUUCCGGAGCGCACAGACCAUCUUGCGGGUGGCUCCCAAAAUUUUCUGAGUGGGAGACCAUCAUUGGGGUUCCCCGAGGUUCGGAUCUUGCGACUUCAAGCCCGCCUUCGUCAAUUCCCCAUCGCAACCGCGCCCGGUUUCCCGCUGUCCACAACCAUACACUCGCCAUCAUGUCAUCGCUCUGGAACGCCUUCACCGGCGGCAACAAGCCCACUCCCCAGCAGCAACAGCAGCAGCAUACCUCAACCCAAGAGCCCACACACCACCUCUCUUUCGAUCCCUCGCAGGGCCAAGGCGUCGAGUCAUUUUUGCAGAGCUCUGCCUUCGCCGACCCCUCACAACUACACCCCCUGGCUGGCCUGAACCGCGAUACUCUUGAAUACAUCUCUCUCGAAGAUUCGGCCCUGUCCGACCUGCCCGGCGGCCAAUCCGUCCUGCCCUCGCGCGGCUUCACAGACGACCUGUGCUACGGCACCGGUAUCACUUACUUGGCUGGACUGUCGAUAGGAGGCGCUUGGGGUCUACAGGAGGGUUUGCGACGAUCCUAUGGCCAACCUCCUAAGCUGCGACUGAACUCGGUCCUCAACGCCGUCACUAGGCGGGGUCCCUUCCUGGGCAACUCGCUGGGUGUCGUCGCCAUUAUUUACAACUGCCUCAACUCCCUCGUUGGCUCCCUGCGCGGCAAGCACGAUUCUGUCAACACCAUUGUCGCUGGUGGCCUCAGCGGUAUGGUCUUCAAGAGCACCCGCGGCCUUCGCCCCAUGAUGAUUUCUGGUGGUAUUGUCGCCUCUGUGGCUGGUGUCUGGGCUGUUACUCGACGAUCCUUCUUCCCAGUCCCGGAGAUCGCGCCGGUUUCUGAGGAGCUGCACUUGUAAUAAAAAUGAUGAUACGAUAUCAGCCGCUGGUAAGAUGCCGGUUUGAGCGUUGUUAAUUGCGGAUACGUGGAUGAAAGGAGCCAUUCAAUGACGACAGGGGAUGGGACACCAUUUCCCUUGUAUAUGCUGAGACUACAGCGUUGGGCGGAGUUUGGUAGCAUGGUUAACGGACGAUCUCUCCUCCCAUGGGCACUGUAUAUUACAUCGGGUUUGGUCAGCGAGCAUUAGACCACGCAGACAGAUGGGGCGGGCGUCUGGUCUGUAAUGACAACACUUUUGAAUUCAACCGUCAAGUGCGGCGUCGUUGAUUAAUCUCUGGAGCGACGCCAAGCCAAGGAGGCGCACUAUCUGAGGUAC